AUGCAAUUCAAUAAGGAUCCACCUCCUCCAUAUUCCAGCCAACCACUUCCAGGUGUUCAUCAGCACUACGAUUACUACCAACCAACAGCACCCCCUCCAAACAUCUAUAGACAUCCAUCAUAUGGAACUACUACAAUAAUCGUUCCAGAACCAGAGGUUAUCAUUAUUGGUGCUUGUCCAGCUUGCAGAAUUGGAGUACUGGAAGAUAACUAUACAUGUUUAGGCUUGUUACUUGCCAUUUUGUUCUUCCCUGCUGGAAUACUUUGCUGUUUGCUUUUGAAAGAUAAAAGAUGCUCAAAUUGUGGGGCCACUUUUGGCUAGUU